AUAAUAAAACCAAAAAUUUAAUAAUAAGUUCUACUGCAAAAAGUGUUUAAUAAAAAAGUAUACAACAUCAAAAAAUAAAGUAAUUAAAAACGAAAAAUUUGCCACAUUUAUAAUUAAAAACUAAGAAAAAAACAUUUGAUUGGGAAUUCACCAGAAAGGUUUCAAUUCAAUACAAAUUAAACCAGCUCCAAAAGAAGCCAAAAACUAUCAGCAACAACAUCAUUAUCAUAAUUAGUGACAAGUGACUAAAUAAAAAUAAAAUAGAAUUUAUAUACAAACGAAGAAGAGCAAAAAAAAAGUAUAUAAAAAACUAUAAAGUAUUAAAAGAUGCCUUCCACGUCAACCACUACAUUACCAACGUUCGAAGACAUUCUGGAAAAGGCGAAAACGACAUUUCGUCAAAAUUUUGGCCAUGAGCCAGAAUUGGCCUGUUGUGCACCGGGACGUGUUAAUUUGAUUGGUGAACAUGUUGAUUACAAUGAUGGUUAUGUUUUGCCAAUGGCUUUGCCAAUGGUAACGGUGAUUGUGGGAGGUAAAGAUGGUGGAGCAACUGGCAAUGAAGUCGACAUAAUUACCUGCUGUCCUGGAGCAGAUGAACCCAGGCGUAGUAAAUUCUCUUUAGUUAAUUUAAAAGCUGGUGAGAAACCAAAAUGGUCAAACUAUAUAAAAGGUGUAAUUCAUAGUUUCAUGGAAACCGUUGUUGGCGUUACUAUUUCUCCGGCUGGCAGUGGAAAUGGUGGUAAUAUAUUCAUUGGUUUUAAUGCGGUCAUUGUGAGUAAUGUGCCAGUUGGGGCUGGUUUAUCGUCCAGUGCUGCCAUUGAAGUGGCCACAUUGACAUUUCUAGAACAUUUUACCGGUCACAAGGUGGAAAGUGAUGCCAAGCGUGCUUUGAUUUGCCAGGCAGCUGAGCAUAAAUUUGUUGGUAUGCCCUGCGGCAUUAUGGAUCAAAUGAUUUCAGUGGCUGGACAAAAGGAUCAUGCUUUAAUGUUAGAUUGUCGGUAAGUAUAUAUGUAUGUAUA